CCACCGAACUACACCGAACUACCAACGCAAUCUUUUGGCUAUAAGGUGCGACCUAGUCAAACCCACGUUCAACAGGGACCACCGCUUGAAAAGGCACCAACUCAAAGACCAAGCUCAACAAUGGCAAAGCAAUAUCUUGACCUCCCGAUUGCCCCUGCGGACAUUGCGUUCGGUCUGAUGGCCGAGUUUGAAGCAGACCCUCACCCAAAGAAAGUCUCCUUGAUCGCCGGAGCAUAUCGCAACGAGAAUGGAGAGCCCUGGAUCCUGCCAAGCGUCAAAGAGGCAAAGGAACGCCUCAGCAAAACCACGCACGAAUACCUAGGCAUAGCAGGCUCGCCAACCUUCACCAAGCUGGCAAAUGACCUCAUCUUCGGACCCAUUGCAUCCAGCUUCCAAGACAACGCAGUAUCAAUCCAAACAGUUUCCGGUACAGGCGCAAACCACCUCGCAGCCACCUUCCUGGCCCGCCACCUCCGCCCGAAUCGCGUCUUCAUCCCCUCCCCAACGUGGAUCAAUCACAAGUCUAUAUGGGAGAUGACCGGCGUUGCGGUUGUGGAGUAUCCGUACUACUCCUGUGACACGAGAGAAGUAGAUAUAACCGGGAUGCUGGACGCCCUGGACAACGCCGAACCCAAUGACGUCGUCAUCCUUCAAGCCUGCGCGCACAACCCCACCGGCGUGGACUUGUCAAAGUCCCAGUGGACGGAGGUCGCUGACCUCGUCCAGCGGAAAAAACUCUUCGCCAUCUUCGACAGUGCAUACCAGGGCUUUGCGACGGGCGACGUCGACGGUGAUGCGUGGGCGGUUCGCCAUUUCGUAGAAAGUGUCCUCGCAUCUGAGACGCAUCCGGGUCUGUGUGUCGCGCAGUCGUUUUCGAAGAACUUCGGUCUGUACGGCGAGCGUGUGGGUGCCCUACACCUGGUUGUACCGCGGCAUCUUUCGGCAAAGGGUGCGCUAUCUGAACUGAUGUUGAUUUCGAGGGCGGAAUACUCCAAUCCGCCGCGGUUUGGGGCGAGUAUUGUUGAGACUGUCCUUGGAGAUCAGGGCCUGAGGGCUCAGUGGAAAGCAGACUUGGAUACAAUGAGCUCACGGAUCCAGAGGAUGAGGCGCUUGCUGAGGCAAAGGCUGGAGAAGGAGACGUUGCGGGAUUGGUCACAUAUUGAGAUGCAAAUUGGGAUGUUCAGCUAUACCGGGCUGACUGAGAAGCAGGUGUCUCGACUUCAAAGGGAGUUUCAUGUCUAUCUGUUGCCCUCGGGUCGGAUGAGUGUGUGUGGACUGAAUGAGGGUAAUAUCGAUUACGUGGUGCAUGCUGUUGGUGAAGUUGUCAAACAAGCAGGUGUGAUGUCUGCUUAG